AUGGCGGAGACCGCUGAGGUAAGUUUGGGGUCUUUCGCGCUCGCACUGUCCAAGCUGUCAGAGGAGGGGGGCGUGCCGCGGGACGCCACGGACUGUGGCUUGCUGUCCCGGCCUGAGUCGCAGGGGGGUCGCGGUCCCGGAGCGAUCGAGGCCGGGCGGGAAGAGGCUCCGCCUCCCUCGGAGGGACUGGAAGCUGCGUCGGCGGCGACGGCCGCUCGCUGCAGCCUUCAUAAUGUCUUUCAGAGUGGGGAGAAGGUUCCAGAAACUUGUGGCGCAGAGAGGUCGGAGUCUGAGGCGAUGGUGGGGCCCGAGGCUGAGGAAGCCGACGUUGAAAAGUGUGCGGUCGUCUCCGAAGCCGUGGAUGAGGAGAGGGCUGAGGUGGUGGAGCCGGAGGGAGUAACGGAGAAACAGGAACAGUCGGAGGAGCUGGAGGUGGAGAAGCCGGCAGGUGACGGAGUAGAGGUGGUGAAGGAAGAUGGGGAGGCGGUGCAGGAGGAGGCCCGUCCCUGGCGUCUGAGUGCGGCCCUGCGCAUGAACCCCCUGGAGGCCAUCCAGCAGGAACUGGACACUGUGAAUGCUCAGGCUGACAGGGCCUUCCAGCAGCUGGAGCAGAAGUUUGGGCGAAUGCGUCGGCACUACCUGGAGCGGAGAAACUACAUCAUCCAGAAUAUCCCGGGUUUCUGGAUGACCGCCUUUCGGAACCACCCCCAGUUGUCCAGCAUGAUUAGGGGCCAAGAUGCAGAGAUGUUAAGGUACGUAACCAACUUGGAGGUAAAGGAACUCAGACACCCCAGGACUGGCUGCAAGUUCAAAUUCUUCUUCCGAAGAAACCCCUAUUUCAGGAAUAAGCUGAUUGUCAAGGAAUAUGAGGUUCGAUCCUCUGGCAGAGUGGUGUCUGUUUCCACGCCAAUCAUAUGGCGCAGGGGACACGAACCCCAGUCUUUCAUCCGUAGAAACCAAGACCUCAUCUGCACUUUCUUCACCUGGUUUUCAGACCACAGCCUUCCUGAAUCCGACAAAAUUGCUGAGAUUAUCAAAGAGGACUUGUGGCCAAAUCCACUGCAGUACUACUUGUUGCGUGAAGGUGUCCGCAGAGCCAGACGUCGCCCAAUAAGGGAGCCGGUAGAGAUCCCCAGGCCCUUUGGGUUCCAGUCGGGUUAAUCUUCAUGCUUGGAAAUCCUGCACCAGGUUCCUCAUCACCUUCUGUUGGCCUGUCCUGGGACAACAGUGAUGCCUUUUGGUUUUUGUUAAGCUUUCUGCACUCUGUCUUCUGUUAGACAUCAGUCUGCUAAACCUCCAGAUUGAGACCAUCGUAGGCAUGCUGCUCUACAUUAAUGACAUGCUGUGUGAUUGUGGUACACACCACUGUAAAGCUAAGCAAAUGACGACUGUAGUUUAUACUGCUUUUAUCUCCAUUGCUUACUUAAAAACUUUCUUUGUUCCCAGGAAACUUUGUUCUGGUUACUACCACCAGGAUUUAUAGUUUUGUUUCAAAAUCCAUUCUACAUAGCCUCUGCAUUCAGCAUUGAAUGUAUAUGGUUUGUGAACAGUUACCUGACUUAAUAUAAUAUGAAGGAAGAAAAGCAGGGUCCCAUUUGUUUCAUAUCAUUUAUGCUACUCCAUUACUAUUCAGUAUCACUGUUACUGUUUCCAUAGCUAUCUAUCUGGCUGCUGCUUGUAUUUCUUAAGAAAAACAUUAUGAUAAAAGGAUCUGCAAAAGAAGGCUUUUUAGUUUAUUUUGCUUUAUUGUUCUUAGAGAGGUUAUUCAGUAAAGUUGUUAGGGAUUUUUGCAUUCUCAGCUCUCUUCCCAACUCACCAACUCCUUUCAUAAGUCCUGGAGGGCUCAAAGAGAUCUGGUUUGCAAUGGAUGGAAGAAAUAAAGAGAUUGCGAUGAGUGCCAUGGACAGGGAAAACCGAACAGAAGAUCAGAGGCAGAACUGAGCCAGGUAAAUAUUGGGCAAGGAUUUGGCUGACAGAGCCUUCUAGCAGAGGAUACUUAAUCUGUCAAUUAAAUUGGAAGAGUAAUAUGUUUCUUAGGGUGGUGAUA